UUGUAUCAAGCCUAGUUCCGUGUAGUAAAUCACAAAACAAUAAAAAUAUGAAACGAACAAAAAACCUAAUGACCCUUUCGGUAUUUAAAGUCUCAAUUAUAACACCGUAAUCAAUAAAGUCAAGCUCUCUCUCUCUCUUCUAUACGACGCAAUGAAGAAGCUCUACAAGAAAGGAACAGUACACCCGUCGCCGCAGAUAAAAUCCGACAACCAACUUCAUUCUCUCCUACCCGUUGCUAUAUAUUCACUAGCGGCAGUGCUCUCUCCCCAAGACCGUGAAGUCUUGGCCUAUCUCAUAUCAACCGCCUCUUACUCCGGCGAACGAAACUUUACCUCUCGCGUGAAUAAAACCAAACCCCGCAUAGUAUCUCAUUCCGACAACCACUCGCCUCUCUUCCACUGCGACUGUUUCAGCUGCUACACGAGUUACUGGGUCAGAUGGGACUCUUCACCUAGUCGCCAGCUGAUUCAUGAAAUCAUCGACGCAUUCGAAGACAGCUUAGAGAAGAAGAAACAAACGAAAAAGAAGAAGAACAUAACUGGAAAGAAAGACCGUAGAAAGCGUUCAGGGAAGUCUUCAGCUCUUGCCAGUCCUAGCUUUGGUCCGAACGAUUCAGAGGUUCCGAGUCGACUCAGUGACGAAUCCAUCACAAGUUCGAGUUCAAGCGAGUUGGUUGAUGGUGCUUGUAGUUGCAACGACAGUUUGGAAUCUACGGCGGAGUUACAGACCGGGAAGGCCUGUGAAGAGGGGGCGGCGGAGGAGGAGGAGAAGGGUUCAGUCAGGAGAUUUGUGAGUUUCAUUGGUGAGAAAGUUUUUGGUGUUUGGGGAUAAGAAAAUUUUACUGAGAAAAAAAAAAGAAAAGUAGAAAUGUUUUUUUCUUCUGUUUAUUCUCUUUUCUAGGACAAACAUGUUAGAUUACCGAAAGUUUUCAUGUGUUGCAUUAACUAUAGUAUAUAAUGCGACAAAAGUAUCAUUGUAUUAUAACAUCUUGAUUACAUCAAAAAUGUUAGUAUUAGUUGCACGUAUUUAAUACGUUUGUAUGUAUACCACUCACUAAUUGUGACCACAAAUAUAUA